CUUCAGUGAGGGAGAACUACCACAUGGAAUACCAGUCUUCAGUCUGAGAUCUUAUCAAAUUCUGAAUUAAGUUUCACUGCUAACAAAUUAAAUGGGAUACUCUUUAAAUUACCCAAGUUACAUAAUCUUUAUACCCCCCCCCCCAUGAGAUUCACCAGAGUGACAGCUAGCCUGUCGUGAAAAGUGAUGCGGGGAGGGGGAGAGCUUCCCCCCCCAAUCAUGGGCUAUUUAAGCAGCCUCAUGCAUAUGCUAGUUAUGGUGAAUAAUCCAUUGCAACCCACAGAUCCCGUAAGUGAGAAUUGAUCAAGGCAGAACUGAGACUGGCCUUCCACAUCCCCAGUGCCCAGGAAGGAGAUGUAAGAGGAGGCCUUGAGGGUCAGUUUUGACGUAUGACCAGAGUCCCACAUCAGUGCACCCCCAGGGGAGGAGUUUUGUUGUAUGACCCAGAAGAGGAUCUGAUUUCCUCGGGGCAACCAGUCCCACUUCUUCCUAUCAUGCGACUGGCUCUUCACUGAACAGAUCUUACAACUCUAGGAAGGCUACCCAGCUACGCCAGGUUGAAGUUGCAUAAGAAGCUGCAGUCAGCUGCCCAUCUCAGCCUGCCUGCCUCCCUCGCUUGGGCCUCAGCAGACAAACCCGAUCCCUCUGGGAUAUCUCAGCCUCCACUAGGCUGAACCGGGGGUUCAGCUGGGCUUCCACAGCCCAGAUCAAGGCAGCAGGCCAGGUCACAAAAAGGCUGGUCCUCCUCUAGCUGAAGUUCUUGGCUCCCUGGCUGAAGGCAAAAGGCAGCGUAGGCAGUUUUGCCGCUCAAGACUCUUGGUGGCUCUGCAGUUUCCCAUUCUUGUACAAUGCCACAUCUGCAGGGGACGCAGCAGUGCUGCUGCACGGACGCUCACAGCGCUCCUGACCUUGCCGGUGAGGAGGGGCUCCCUGGCAAUCGCAGCUCCAUCAGGCCUCCCUGAUCCGCAAACCACUUAGAGGUGGUGCAGUCUCCUCCACUCGGAUCGUCCUCAUUCCACAAUGGAAGAGCAGGAUCUUUAAAUCAAUAACAAUUCCAUCCAGAGAAGCUGCGACUGUCACCUGUGGGAACGCUGCUCAGCCCUUGUUUACAAGAUCGAGCCUUUGUUCCAAGUGCUAGAAACCGGAUCCUGGUGAGCUGUUGCCCUUCAAGGCUCUCUGGGGAACGUGUGACGUCCUUGCUGCAGUCCGCAUCCGACUGUUGAUCCCAGUGUAUUUGCACCAAUGCCCAGAAGUCAAGCGCUUUCUCUCUCAAUUGGAUUAGUCUGCAGAAACGGAUCUGCUCUCCCCGACCGGAUUUCAAGGGCAAAAUGUCGUGUUCCCUUUUUCAGCUUGUUCUUGUAGCCUAAUGGUCUUUCGGACUGGGGCCAGAUGUGCCUUGACAGCUAAGUACCUUGGGAGCUCAGAGAAGCUGGGAUGUGAUGACAACCCUCCCCCCUUCCCCCAUGUACGGCAGGAGAAGGGAUGGUUUCAGCACCAUGGUCAGGUCCCUUGACUCGCAUGCAUGGCUCCUAGGGAAGAGGUCAUUGACUUGGCUGAUUGGGCAAAAUCUCCUGGGUUUUCUGGAGGAAAGGUUGCCAGUUGAGUUUUCUGGCAAAAGGAGAAGCAACUUGGAAUGUUUUUUGAAGUAUAACAGCAGAAUAAAUCUCCUAGUAGUGCUCUGAUUCCAAUUUGUAGAAGGUAUCAGAACCAUGUGUCUCAUUUUUUCCUAAUCUCUUGUUCUUUCCUCAGUUCUGGGAGGUGAUCAGUGAUGAGCAUGGGAUAGACCCCAGUGGGAACUAUGUCGGGGACUCUGAUCUGCAGCUGGAAAGGAUCAGUGUGUACUACAAUGAAGCCUCCUGUAAGCUCUGCUCCCUACCUAACCCGUCUUUUCUGACACCAGGAAUUUCCCUCCGGUCCUUUCAUGGAAAUUACCCAGGCCAACCAUCCCAUUUGACCUCCGGGUCUUUCCCUCCAGCAGCUUCAAUGCUACCGGGGAGAAAAUGAAGUCUGCACAAAGAUGGCCUCACAACCAUUUUUAUCUAGCCCACACGGUGCUGGCAUUGAGAACAAGGAUGUGGCUGAUGGGUUCCCAAUCCAGGAGGGAGGUCAUUUGGCCAUGCACCUUUUCAGCAUAGCACCGUCAGUAGGAGGAGGCAUAAAGGGGUGGUAAAGGAGGGGCUUUGGGCCCUCCUGUGCAGGGUUUUCAAUGAGACUCUUGGCAAAGGAAGCCAUGCGGGUUGUCCGCCAGCAUGGAGCAAAUGUUGAGGGACUGUACUCUGCCCCUCUGUAGAUCCCUGGAGGAGUGGCGGGAGGAGCCGUGCGGAAUGGAUGCAAGUGCCUGCUGGUGGAUGAGCCAUCUGGGUUAGUUCUUUCAAGGGAAAACGCUCUUUCUCUUUCCAGCUCACAAAUACGUCCCCAGGGCGAUCCUGGUGGACCUGGAACCUGGCACCAUGGACAGUGUUCGCUCAGGCGCUUUUGGACACCUCUUCAGACCAGACAACUUCAUCUUUGGUCAAAGCGGUGCAGGGAACAACUGGGCCAAGGGCCACUACACAGAAGGCGCCGAGCUGGUGGAUUCCGUCCUGGACGUGGUGAGAAAGGAAUGUGAAAACUGCGACUGCCUGCAAGGCUUCCAGCUCACCCACUCCCUCGGUGGGGGUACAGGAUCUGGCAUGGGGACCCUCCUUAUUAGCAAAGUCCGUGAAGAAUACCCGGACCGGAUCAUGAACACUUUCAGCGUGGUGCCUUCCCCCAAAGUAUCUGACACUGUGGUAGAGCCUUACAACGCCACCCUGUCUAUCCACCAGCUGGUGGAAAACACAGAUGAGACCUACUGUAUCGACAAUGAAGCCCUCUACGACAUCUGCUUCCGGACCCUCAAGUUGGCCACCCCGACCUACGGAGACCUCAAUCACCUGGUUUCUGCCACCAUGAGUGGUGUGACCACCUCUCUGAGAUUCCCAGGGCAGCUCAAUGCAGAUCUGCGCAAACUGGCGGUCAACAUGGUUCCCUUCCCUCGCCUCCACUUCUUCAUGCCUGGCUUCGCACCCCUGACGGCCCGUGGGAGCCAACAGUACCGAGCCCUCACUGUGCCUGAGCUCACGCAGCAGAUGUUUGAUGCCAAGAACAUGAUGGCCGCCUGCGAUCCCCGCCACGGUCGCUACCUCACUGUGGCCACCGUCUUCAGAGGACGCAUGUCCAUGAAGGAGGUGGACGAGCAGAUGCUCGCCAUCCAGAGCAAGAACAGCAGCUACUUUGUGGAAUGGAUCCCCAACAACGUCAAGGUAGCCGUAUGCGACAUCCCUCCCCGCGGCCUGAAGAUGUCUUCCACCUUCAUUGGCAACAGCACCGCCAUCCAGGAGCUCUUCAAGCGCAUCUCAGAGCAGUUCACGGCCAUGUUCCGGCGCAAAGCCUUCCUCCACUGGUACACGGGGGAGGGCAUGGACGAGAUGGAGUUCACGGAGGCCGAGAGUAACAUGAAUGACCUGGUCUCCGAGUACCAGCAGUACCAAGAUGCCACCGCUGAAGAGGAAGGAGAGAUGUACGAAGAUGACGAGGAAGAGUCCGAAGCCCAGGGUGCCAAGUGAGGGCCCGGCCACCCUCCCCCCUCCCUGGGAAGAAGCCACCCUUGGCACCAUUAUUCUGUGGCUCACCUCCACCUGCCAACUUUCCCAUCUGAUGAGUUUUAGACAACCAGCUUCUAGUUAUUUCUGAUUCAAGCGUUCCAAAACUUAAAAAUUCAGUAUUCGACCAUCUUUUCUUUCUGCUCCCCAAUCUCGUUUUUUGAGUUAGUGCAAGUCCCAAAAUUAGUCACUUUGAUAAAUUCAAGGAUCCUGUUCUUUACUUUGUACUGGUCUGUGUCUAUUUUUAUGUUUUGGAAUACUUAAUAAAUUUGUUGCUGUCCAGCUUGUGGCCUGUCUGCUUUCUCCCUCUUGGCAGUUGGGUCAGCAAAUAUGGGCAUAUGAGAUGCCCCCCCUUCCUUUGGCCCCUCCUUGGGUGGGCUUUGCGUGUGGUCAGGAGCAAGAGGAUGCUGGACCGUUGCAGUCUUUUCCCUGCCGGGCCAUCCCUGGGUUUGCUUG